ACGGCUCCGGCGGCGGCUCCCGCGGCGGUGGCGGCCGGGGGCGGGAGGCAGGAGACCCUGGCUUCCCCCGGGGCCAGGCUGGGGCAGACGCGAGGGGCCUGGGGGGGCGCUGGCUUUGGCCCCGCCUGGGGCAGGAUGGUGAAUCUGGAACCCAUGCACCCAGAUAUAAAGAUGAGUGGGGACGUAGCAGAUUCUACAGAUGCUCAAAGUGCUCUCAGCCAGGUGGAGACAGGAAAUGAUCGAAAUGGCUUAGAUUUCAACAGGCAGAUUAAAACUGAGGACCUCAGCGACUCCCUGCAGCAGACUCUCUCUCAUCGACCAUGCCACCUGAGUCAAGGACCUGCCAUGAUGCCCGGAAAUCAAAUGUCUGGGGACAUGGCCUCCCUCCACCCACUCCAGCAGCUCGUGCUGGUUCCCGGACACCUACAGUCUGUUUCCCAGUUCCUGCUAUCUCAGAGCCAGCCUGGGCAGCAAGGUCUGCAGCCAAAUCUUCUCCCCUUUCCGCAGCAACAGAGCUCGCUCCUCCUCCCGCAGACAGGGCCUGGCCUCACAUCCCAGGCAGUUGGGCGCCCUGGGCUACCAGGAUCUUCUUUAGAACCCCAUCUGGAAGCAUCUCAGCAUCUCCCGGUGCCCAAGCAUCUCCCCAGCGCUGGAGGAGCUGAUGAGCCCAGUGACCUGGAGGAGCUGGAGAAGUUUGCCAAGACCUUUAAGCAGAGGCGUAUUAAGCUGGGCUUCACACAGGGAGAUGUGGGUCUGGCCAUGGGAAAGCUGUAUGGAAACGACUUCAGCCAGACAACUAUCUCACGAUUUGAGGCCCUCAAUCUGAGCUUCAAGAACAUGUGCAAGCUCAAGCCGCUGCUGGAGAAGUGGCUGAACGAUGCAGAAUCCUCCCCGUCGGACCCCUCCAUGAGCACCCCCAACUCUUACCCCGCCCUCAGCGAGGUGUUCGGGAGGAAGAGGAAGAAGCGGACCAGCAUCGAGACCAACAUCCGUCUGACUCUGGAGAAGAGAUUUCAAGAUAACCCCAAACCCAGCUCUGAGGAGAUCUCCAUGAUUGCAGAGCAGUUGUCCAUGGAGAAGGAGGUGGUGAGGGUCUGGUUCUGCAACCGACGACAAAAGGAGAAGCGAAUCAACUGCCCUGUGGCCACACCCAUCAAAUCACCCAUGUACAGUUCCCGGCUGGUGUCUCCCUCCGGAUCUCUGGGCCCCCUCUCUGUCCCUCCUGUCCACAGCACCAUGCCUGGAACAGUAACGUCAUCCUGUUCCCCUGGGAACAACAGCAGGCCAUCUUCUCCCGGCUCAGGACUCCAGGCCAGCAGCCCCACUGCAUCUCAAAAUAACUCCAAAGCGGCCGUGAACUCCUCCUCCAGUUUUAACUCUUCAGGAUCUUGGUAUCGAUGGAGUCAUCCCACAUACCUCCACUGAGACCAAAAAGUUUCUCCUCUGCCACCUGGCCCUGUAUUCCCCACCAGAAGGAAGGGAAUCAUGCCUUCUCUGUAUGGACAGAUUACUUUCAGGAGAGAGCGGAAGAGGACGAACCGAAACUCUUGUCUUCUUCAGAGCAAGCGCCUCCAGAGAUCCAAACUGUGAUUGAACCGUGUGCUGACUCCUAGCGCUCUUGAAACGCACAUCCCUCCUAGGAGUUGGUCAUUUUUGCCUUCCUUGCCUGCACCCUUCUCUAAAUAUUUCAGACAGUUUCCCUGCUGCAGUGGCCUUUGAAAAAGGACUUUUUAUUAUUCUCCAGCUCGUCUCCAGUUCAUUCUGGGCACAGCCAUUCACCUGGUGCCAAACUACCAGAGGGGAGAGAAUGGGUUUUGACUCUGAACUUAGCCACAGUCCGAGAACUGAUUCUAGAAUCUGCGAAAAGAUUUGAAUCUGAUGUCUCCACCAAAGCUUUGAUAUUUUUCUGUUCAGCAAAAUUUUCAUUUCCCCCCACUUUCUCUUUAGCCUCGUCCCUUUUUCUAGAACCAAAUCCAUUCAUAAUCAUGUUCUCCAAAUUCCCUCCUCUUUACUCAGUCCCCUGGGCACAUUUCUCUGCCCACAGGUGCUCUUGUGUCUGCUUUGUCUGCUCCCGAGUUCAGGAACACUUGUUUCUUCUCUCCUUCCCUGUGUGUCUCCUUCUCUCCCCUGUCUCCUGUUGCAGAAGGAGGAACACAAAACCAAACACACAACAAUUAUGCUGGCAACAUACCUGUAUAUAGCCCUUUCCUUUUUUUGCAUUAUGUUCUUCUCUCCUUAAUGUGGAAUUUUCCAGCAAAAUGUUUAACUCAGGUGUGAAUUUUGAAGACGUCUCUGUAAUAUAUUAUCUUCUUUAACAAAAAAGAAAGAAAGAAAAAAAAAUACCAAAGUGUGAACUACUGUGCUAGCUUCCACAGGAGUUCCCAUGUGGGCUGGGAAUCCUUGUUGAUUUUUGCAGGAACAUUCUUUCUCCAGUCUCUUUCUUUGUGGGCCAGUGUGUAGACCUGUAACAUGAAGCCAUUGUAGAAAUGGUCACUUUUUUUUUUUUUUAAAAAGACUGCAUAGCCAAGAAAAUGUUGAGAUUCAAAGGAAUCUCUCUGUUCCUAAAUAAAUUUGUAUAAUGAUAUAUACAGUAUUCCUCUAUUGGUAAGAAGCUACUACUACUAAGUCAAUUCAGUCAUGUCCGACUCUGUGCGACCCCAUAGACAGCAGUCCACCAGGCUCCUCUGUCCCUGGGAUUCUCCAGGCAA